CAGGACGAUGGAAAGUAAAGUUAUCCGGAGACAAUUUUAACCUCAUUCCCUGGAGUUUAUCAAUUUCCAAACACCCAAGAUCUCUGAUUUCGACUUUUCAGCCAUCCCACCAAUCAACAUUCAACGGAGAGAAGUCAACGAAUCACAUACUGUAGUACUCCCUCCCGUCAAACAUCUUCACAAUUUUUAUAGGCAUUUCUAUUUCACCACAUUUCAGCUUCCAUGAAAGAACCUUCACCUUAAUUCCACACGCAUUUUACCUUAUUCCUCAAGAAAUCAGCCCUUGAUGAACUGGUCAACUUACAAUUUCAUGAAUCCUUACAUAUAACUGCUUGUAGAAGCACACACAAUGGAACGUUUUUAACGUUGAUUGGUUUCCUUUUAGAAUUACCCAGAUUGAGAAAUUGUUGAUACAGUAAUGGCCCUCCCAGUAUUGAAGCUUGGGACACUUGCAUUGAAAACACUGAGCAAACCCAUUGCCAGUAGGCUAAAGAAACAAGCUGGGUUGCACCCCAAGUUCCGUAAUAUAAUCGUCAGCAUCGCCCAGGCAAACCACCGGAUGACAACAACAAUGCAGAGGCGGUUAUAUGGUCAUGCAACCAAUGUAGAGAUACGGCCUUUGGAUGAAGAAAAAGCUGUUCAAGCUGCUGUUGACCUUCUGGGGGAGGCUUUUGUCUUUUCGGUUGCAGUUGCUGCACUUUACUUUGAGGUGCAAAGAAGUUCUCGAUCAGAAGCUAAAAAGGAGGAACUUCGCAGGCAAGAGCUGGAGCAAAUGAGGGAAAGAGAUGACGCAUUGUCACAAGAGGUGGAAAGCCUGAGAAGCAAAAUUCAAGAGCUUGAACAGUUGGCAAGGGGACGAGGACUAGCUGGAGUGUUCAAUUUCAGACCUUCUCAGGUUGAAGAAGGCAAGGUCCCAACACCAGCAUGAUCUAUUGAAUGAAGUUUGGUGGCAAAAUGAUCAGUUGUUUUCUCAUUCUUUGGAGCCAAGAAUCAUAUGCCUUCUGUAAACCAGAAGCCUAGGCUCCUUGUUGAAAAUGAAGUUGAAUCUUUUAAAAAUUUCCAUUGAUGUGAUCAAUAAUGUGAGGUUAUGAAGCAAGAGUUCCAUAGCCUGAGUUUUUGCUAUGUCCUCUGAAUUAUGGCACUAUACUAAUGAUUUUACAUAUGUCUAACACCACAUGCUUAAGAGACUUGUAUACUUAGCAUCAUAGGGUGCAAAUUGUGAAAUGUUGGAUUUGGAGAUUAUUGUUCAGCCAUGUUCUAAUGUUCAAUACUGGUGAGGUGACAUUUUGACAAGAUGCACUUUACCUGCAAAAGUUAUGUAAUACAAAUGAAACACCAAUUUUUAUACUUUA